AUGCCCGAACACAGUCGAAGUGCGCUCAUCUCGGUGGCUUUGGUUGUUGGAUUUAUCGCCGCUGGACAGGUAUUCAAGCCGAUUCUCUCGGCGUCUCGUGGUGGUGCGCUGUGUGCUGGUGGAUUGGGUGCCCUCGUCUUUGUCUACUCGCUCACCGCCGUCAGCAACUAUCAAAUGGCCACCCAGGGAUAUCAGGCGCAAGUCGGACUUGCUGAGGCGCUGAUCUGUCUUCUCAUUUCGGUGAUUCAAGCGGCUCUCGUGCAUCGCGUCGCCGGCACAAUCACGAUUCUCAUCUCGGGAGCUCUCCUCUAUUUUGUGAUGGGUGCAAGUCAGAGCGCUUAUGGAAAAGAUAUGAAAGGGCAGACGACCGCCGCUCAAAACGCUGCCAAAAAGAAGAAA